AUGCCUUACCGUAUUUAUGUCCCCGCCUUCAAGGGCUUUCUGGUCGACUUGCUCUGCCUUACCGCAUUUUCAACAAAAUGCAGCAAAAAUACGGAGAUGAAGAAAGAAGAAAAAAGAAACAGAGCAAAUAAUCUUCGACGGAAAUAUCCAAAUGCUCCCGAUCGUUUCCUCCGUGCCAAUCGCCGGCGGACGGCUGCUCGCCGCCGCCCCUCGAACCCGACAGCCGCGCGUCGAUCGCCAGGCCGGCAUCCGACGCCGCCCUCUGCACCGACCGAGGCGAGAUCCCGACAGCCGCGCCGGCCGGGCCAGCGGGAAGUUGAGGUUCCCCGGCGAGGAGUCGCCGCGGAGGCAGUAGAAAGCGACGUCGUGGGCGACGGCGGCGGCCUCCGGCGUGGCGUAGGAACCGAGCCAGAGGCGCUCCGGCGUCCCUGGGACCCUAAUCUCCGACACCCACUUCCCCCACUUGCGGCGGCGGACGCCCUUGAACUUCUUCUGCUCGUCUGA